AUGGAUCUCCAAGGCACUCCCAUUCCCCCCGGCCACCGCAGCAGCAAGGUCACCACCGACCCUACAGCAUCUCGCCAACCAAUUAAAGAGCCCUCAGGCCCAGUGGCCAACGACUCCCUGGCUGCCGAGUCCGUCCGUCAUGGCGGUGGCUUCGCCGACAACUGGGGCGCGGAGCCGUUGGGCGUGUCAGGCCAACAGUCUACCUUGAAUAACACCGACACCUCGUCCGCUUCGACCCUCCGUUCCGCGCCCGUAGGCGCCAUGCGAGAGGACCGCGAACGCCAGACGAAGUACCCCGAGGGCUUGGGUGGCCAGGGCAACUUCCCAGGCCGUCACCUGCCCGAGACGGGCUAUACGGGUGGUCCCACAACGACUAAGAAGCAGAUGGGCCAGCACGUCGGCGAGUACUCUGCUUCUGAGAGGAUGGGCGGCCAGCAUACUACUGCCGCCAGCAGCAGUGGCUAUCAGAGCAAUCUGAACCAGAAGCCCAAGGGCAAGAACCUAACGGAAGGCGGGUUUGAUUCUAAUGACAGUAACAACGCCAGCUUCAACUCUGAAAUUGGCUCGAAGCAGGAUCCUGGCCGUGCGGCGGAGAACAAGUUCCAGCGCCACGUCGCUGAGAGUGGGAACGAUGUUGGCGGUCCUCGUCAGAAGGGUGUCGACAACCAGAACUGGUACCAGCCCUUGGAGCAUGACCAGCGCGCUUAG